GUAAAAAUUUAAUUUAUCGGUUAUAUUUAGUGCUAAGAUUUCUAUUUGAUGAAAUGCAGGGCCAACAAGCCUCAGCUAACGCUCAGAACCAGAUAAACGCAAACCUUUCGUUAGGAAGCCCGGUGAUAUUGAAAAUGAACGACACAAACACCAUGUCUUCUGUAGUCGCAGCAUAGUUGAACAGUUAUCGGCCUGAAGUUGUCACUCUAUGGAAACAGUUGCCUGUUUCAUGUGACGUUUGACACCCACACAUUUUUGUGCCACACAUGAAUUAAAAAUAUAAGGCACCCCGUAACAUGUGUUGCCUAACGUAUACGCCUGUCGCAUGUGCAAAUGGAACUAAUAAUUGUAAAAUAUUCUAAAUUUCGGUGAACAGGUAUAUAAUUAAUGUAGAAAUAUAGAUAACAUUUCCAAGGUUCCCCAAUAAUAUAAAAAUAAACCAUCCUGAAAUUUACCGAAUUCUUUGACAUUUGUAUUGGCUGAUUUUCAAACAUGGACUUGGACUCUGAUGAGGAAAAUGUAGUAGAAGAGGAUUUUUAUGCAUUCUUAAACGUUCCUAAAGAGGCAUCUAAAGAAGAAAUUAACAAUGCAUACAGGCGCCUCAGUAGAAUGUACCAUCCAGACAAACACGUUGAUCCUGCGCUCAAAGAAAAGGCUGAAAUCAUGUUCAACAAAACAAAAAGGGCUUACGAAGUUCUUUCUGAUCCGCACAGGAGAGCCAUAUAUGACUCAUUAGGAACAAAAGGCUUAGAAACAGAAGGAUGGGAAAUAGUGCAAAGGACCAAAACACCUGCAGAAAUUAGGGCAGAAUAUGAACAGCUAGCCGAAGAAAGGGCAGAGAGAAAGAAAAAGCAAGCUACAAACCCUAGUGGAAAUAUCACUAUUGCCAUCAAUGCUACUGACUUGUUCAAUCCCUAUGAUGAUGUAUACUAUGAUGAUGAAUUUGAAGAUGAUAUAAUAUCAAGUAUACCAAAUAUAGAGGUGUCUUCAAUGCAAUUCUCACAAUCUGUGGAUUUUCCAUUAACCCAAAAAGAUACGUGUACCCUCUCAGGUCAGUUGCAGACUCAAAAUGGUACAGGAGCUGGUGGUAUAAAUUUAAGUUGGAGACACAUAUUUUCCCAUAAAAGCUGGGCAGAAGUAGAAAUGUGUGCAGGUAGUGGUCCAGGCAUAUCUUUCAAAGGAUUCAGGACUCUUUCUAAAAGAUUUUUCUGGAAUGGUGGUACAAUACUGCAGUUUACCCCUGAAGGAAUAAGACCAGGAGUAAUGUCAACCUUAGCAAUGCAAAUAGAUAAAUAUUCUGUAGGAUACCUAUCUUAUCAAGGAGGAAUAAGGCAGAUAUUUUCCACUCAAGUCAUUAGAGAAACAGAAAAGAAUAGAUAUAAUUUUUCAAUACAAGUUGGCCUGCCUCAUUCAUAUGUUCUGAUGCAGUAUACAAGAAAAUUAAUCUCACAAGAGUUAAAACUAAGAAUUGCUCUGAAAGCUGGUACUUUUGGAGGUGUAAUAGAGUAUGGAGCAGAAAAGAAAAUUUCAAAAUUUAGUAAUUUAGCGUUUUCAGUAGUGUGUGGAGUACCUGCAGGAGUAAAAUUGAAAAUCAGGUUGACUAGAGCAUCACAGACAUAUUCAUUUCCCAUUCAUUUGUGUGAGGAAGUGAUGCCAGCACCGGUGUUCUAUGCUACUAUAGUGCCUUUAGUACUGUACAUUGUCGUCAAAAAAGGAUUUGUGGAACCUUUCAUCAAAGAGGAGAAAUCCAAAAAAUUAGAAAAACAAAAACAGGAUAACUUUAACAAGCUAUUGGAGAAACGAAGGGAGGCAAUGGCAGCCCAGGAAUUAAUGCAGGCAACAUAUAAUAGAAUCAGGGAUGAGGAGAGUAACAAGAAAGGAUUGGUUAUUAUCAACGCCAUAUAUGGAAAAAUUAUAAAAGAUGCUAGUCAGCAAGGUGACAUGGAGAUCUCGAAUGAUGUAGUGGAUGUUACCAUUCCAGUGCAGUGUCUUGUAAAAGACAGCAAACUUGUUAUACAUGAGAGAACAAAGAGUGAACUACCUGGAUUUUUUGAUCCAGCUUUAGGAGAAGAGAAAAUGUUACAUAUUAUUUACACAUACCAUGAUGAACCUCAUGAAGUGACAGUAGCUGACCAUGAGCCUGUAAGGUUACCAAAAACAUGUAAGUGUUUCAGGCUUCCUACCUUCAUGCUAUUAAAUUUUGCAUUUAUUAUCAUAAGGAGUGGUACUGGCAACACUGCUGCUCGCUCUUUCACAUAGGGGGACAUUGUUGCCACUAUGAGAAUGGUGGCAAUGUAAUACAGGGUGCGGCAACUUAGCUUUUUUUUCAAGACUUAAUAAAACCCAUUUUACUUUGUUUUUUUAUAAUGUAUGCGCAUGCUUAAAUUCUUGUUUUACAUAGCUUUGAAGAUCAAAAUCAGAUAGGUGAUAUCCCCUAUUCUCCAUACACUGAGUAAACUAGUUUGUCAUGACUCUUGCCAGCAUAGCAGGUAUUAUGUUGUCAAUUUCUUCCUGGAUGUUGGUCUUCAGAUCUUGGGUCUUUGGACGGUUCACAUAAACACGAGAUUUCAGGGAAAAAACAUAGAAAAAAAUCACAAGGAGAAAAAUCGGGAGACCUAGCCGGACACUCCAAAUCGCCUUAUUGAAAUGAGUCGCGCUAGGAAGUGUUACCUCAAAACAACCAUCGAUACUCUCAUUUCACCAUCUUCUUGGAACCAAAUGUCCUCUACCUGCAACUCAUCUAGCCCUGGAAAAAAUUCUGUAACAUUAACCAGUCCGAAUUCACUGUCUCUGAAACUUCAUGUUCCUCGAAGAACCAGGGAUCAAUAAUUCUAGCUGAAGAAAUUGCACAUCUCACUGUAACUUUAGGUGCAUGCAAAAACCUUUGGUGCAAUUUUCGAGAAUUAGUGUCAGCUCAAUAACACACGUUUUGUUCGUCAACGAAUCCAAACAAAUGAAAAUGGGCUUCAUCGCUAAAAAAAAAACAAUACCGUUAAGAACGAGUUCGAUAAGACGCUCAGACGCGUUCUCCGAGACUUUGUCACGUUCGGGAAGUUCCUGCAAAAUUUCCAUCUUGUAAAUAUCUAAAUGAUCAUCAUCAAGAGUUCUCCUCACAGAACGAUCGCAAAAUCCAACGGCAGACGCAUAUUUGCGCGCCGAACGGCGUGGUGAUCGCAACAUUGAAGCUCUCACUGCCUCAAUGUUUUUAGGUUCUCUAAUGGCCAAGAAACUCCAGUUCACAUAACAAUUUAUUUCUGGUCCGGGACAGGGGUCAACGGGUCUGAAUUAAAGCGAUUCCGAAAGGCCCGCUGCGUUGCGUUCACAGAACAUCCCCUCGAAAAGUAGGCAUCAACGGCAAAAGUAUGCUCCUCACUGUUCCAACGCAUGAAGACGACUGAACUCUCUCAGGACAAGUAUUUAUAACCCACCGUUGCCAACCCCAUCCGAGAGAAAAACUGUAUAUGAGCUUGAAAAAAACUAGAAUAUUAUUUAAACAACUGUACAUCUGCAGUCUUCCAUUUACAGUAUUUUUUUCGGUUAUUUAUCGUGGACCAAGGUCAAAAAGUGACAGUUUUGCAUUGCUAAAACAAAUUCUUUUUGAGCGGUUGUGGUCUGGUUGGCCUUGAGCGACAUAAUGACAGAAUUUCCAUUCAAUUUUCUCCAAAUUCACUCUAGGCCAACCAGAACCGCUCAUAAAGAAUUUGCUUUUUGCAUGCGUGAUCAGUUCUUAUUUUUUGACAUUGUUCCGCGAUAGAUACUCGUGAUUGCUUGCGAAUAGCACACUUUUGACUUAACUUGCAUCAAGUUCUUUUCGCAGCUGUUCUGAUUCUGGUUGACCUCGACAUAAAAAUGAGAUGAAUUGAAUUCUGUCAUUUUCACUCACAUAAGGGCAACCAGAAUCAGAACCGCAGCAAAAAGAAUUUGAUUCAAAGUAGAUUUUACGUAUAAUUCGAUCUGGCAAGUGGGAGAUUUUACCAAGACCGAGUUAUUGUAUGGACGUCUUCGUAGUAAAAAAAUAGAUAGCGCGAGCAUUUUAAACGAAAAACUGAAAACUUGGAAGAUUUUUGAAAAACUGCAAAUGUACAUCUAUUUGAAAUUGUUUCAAAACUAUGUUAGUUUUACUCUUGUGCAUCUGUACUUAUUUUGCUUAUUGUAUAUUGACAAAAUUUUCUCUUUCCAGCUCAUAGGACAAAUAUUACCUAGUAUCAAAUUAAAAUGAGGAAAAGGAAAAAGGAGUCAUAGUGAAAAAUUAGAUAUAUGAAAUUAAAAUUGGCAUGGUAUUGGUGAAAUUUGAUUAUGUAUCAAAUAUGCCCAUGUGUUCAAAUUGUUUUAUUUGAAGCCUUGUUAUAAAAAUGUAUCUUUUUUGUAAAACAAUAAACUUGUUAUUCAG